AUGAAUUCGUCAGAUUCAAUUAAUGAUUCGUCAAAUGCACAUUGUAAAUAUGAUAUUAAAUGUAAAAAAUCCGUUACAAAUCAUUGUCAAGGAUGUGGAGAAAUGUUUUGUAAGGAUCAUUAUUUAGAACAUCGAAAGAAACUUCAGGAACAAUUUAAAAAUAUAAUGUCUGAAUUAGAUUUAUUGAAACAAAAAUGGAAAUCGUUAACAUCUGAUAUGUCAACAGAUAUUGCAUUAGAUCGAAUCAAUGAAAUUUAUGAAUAUAGUUUAAAAUCGGAUCAAGUAGAAAAAACAGCAACCAUGGUACAACAACAAUUACAAAAUUUAAUUAAUGAAAAGAAACAAUCGGUUCUAAUGAUAAGUAAAUCAAAAUUUGAUCAAAAUGAUUAUUUAGAAAAUGUUAUUGAACAAUUAAAAGAAAAUAUUGAAGAAUUAAAAUUGAAAUUAGAAGAAAUAAAUAAUGAACAAUCUCAAACAAUAGAAUCAUUAGCAAUAAAUAAUGAUUCAAGAAAAGAAAAAUAUCCUGUUAAAUUAUAUGUUAAUAAUUCAAGAAAAAAUAUUACAGAUAGUACUCCAACAUUGUCUGAUCUAGUCAUCAAACGAUCAAAUUCAUCGAAUGUAGAUUUAGAAGAAAAUGAAACUGUUCCAAAUGAAACACAUCUCGAAGAACAAGAAGAAGAUGAUAAAGAUGAUGGAGAGGAAAUCGUAGUAUUUCUAAAUUCUAAUACAGAAUUACAAAUUAAUCAUAAAGUACGUUUUUCAAAUAAUAUUGUUCGUUGGCUUCGAGGUCCUUUUAAAACCAUGGUUAAGGGUCUAAUGAGUUCGGUUGAUUUAUGUGCACAAGGAACACAUAUGAGUGAAUAUGUUUUAGAAGCAGUAAAAAAAGGAUUAACAAAACAAAAUCAAAAUUUAAAAAAACCCAUAAUUACGAAUAGUUCUAUCAAACCAACAUUUACUGAAAUUACAUCGGAUUGGAAAUUAGAAGAAUCAAAUUCUAAUGAAGGUUAUAGUAGUGCAAGCUUAUGGAUGCGUAAUCCUCAAGGUCAACGAAUUCUAGUUAAAAUACAACAGCUUGCAUUAUGUGCUGCUAAUGAAUGGUUAGCUUAUGUUCUAGGUAAAGAACUUGGUUUACCUGUUAAUGAAGUACAAAUUGCAAUUUAUGAAAAUAAAUUAGCAACUUUACAUACUGAUGCUCAGGAUGAAGGUGAAAAAACUCUUACAUUAUUAGAAUUACCAAGAAAUAAACGAAAAAUCUUAUUAACUUAUCCAAUAAUGGAACAAAUGGAUAUAUUUGAUCAUAUUAUACAAAAUGCGGAUCGUAAUCAACAAAAUAUUUUAAUUACAAUACCAGAAACAGAUGAUAUUACUAAUGAUAAUGAUGAUUCGAUGAAAGGAAAGAUAUAUUUAAUUGAUCAUGCUAGUAGUUUUGGUAUGGGACAAGUUAGUGGAAUUAAUACUAUGGCUUCAAAAUUUCAUACUAAUCGUUUUUCAGUAGUUAAAUUUGAUCCGGUACAGAAAUCAAAAAAGUUUGAAGAAUAUCUCAAUAAAUUACCAGUAGAAGAUCGACCUGUUAUUAGUGAAAUAUUAAGCCGUUUUGCAUCCGUUACUGAUGAACAAUUUGAUAGCUGGAUUACAGAAAUGCAAGAUUUCUUAUCGGUUGGUCAAUAUAAUCGAAUAUAUUCUGUUUUACGUCGACAACGUGAUAUCGCAAAACGUUAUGCAGCCCAAUGGAAUAUUUCUUCUACAUCUUUAAGUACAAAAUCAAACAAAACAGACGAAAAAUAA